AUACUCGACAUCUUGACCUUGACCACAGCUAGCAGGCCCGAUGUUUGCCAAGAGCCCUCCUUGCGCGAGGCUUGUGCGAAGAUAUGCUUCCGUGUCGACAGCUACUGCACAUGACCUGCUCAUUGUGGGUGGCGGCACCGCAGGCAUCAAUGUAGCGAACCAGAUCAAAGCUACGUUCGAAGCGCAGGACCAAGAAGCGCCCAAGAUGAGCAUCAUCGACAAGGCUGAGCUACAUCACUAUCAACCAGGCUGGACGCUGGUAGGCGCAGGACUCAAGGAUCUCAGCGAAGUCAACAGGCCGAUGCGAGACAUGGUUCCUAAACACGUCUCUCUUGUGCAGCAAUUUGUUGAGAAGCUUAACCCGGGCGAGAACUCUUUGACAACGACAGAUGGACAGACACACACUUACAAAUCUCUUGUCCUUUGUCCGGGCAUCAAGCUCGAUUAUGACGCGGUUGAAGGACUACGCGGCGCGAUGGGUCAGAACGGAGUGUCGUCAAUUUACGACUACACUCAGGUACAAAAAGUCUGGUCCAACAUUCAGGAUUUUGAAAAAGGCCGUGCAGUUUUCAGCUUCCCAGGCAGUGCGCCGUUCAUCAAAUGUGCCGGUGCGCCCAUCAAGAUUAUGCUCGCUGCAGAAGACUAUUGGCGCCGUGAGGGUCGUCGUGCAAAUAUCUCGGUGGACUACAUGACGGCGUUGCCCCGAAUGUUUGGCGUGGUCAAGUACUCAGACGUUUUGAAGCGAUUGACCGAGGAGCGAGAUGUUUCUCCUCACUUCGAGACUGUCUUGACCAAGGUGGAUGGCGUGAACAAGGUGGCGACGUUCAAGACAAAAGAGGGCGAAGUCAAGAAGGAGUAUGACUUUCUGCACGCGACGGUACCAAUGGCUGCACACGAUUUCAUCAAGUCAUCAGCAGUGGCGAACGCAAAGGGUGAAGUGGCGGUGGAUGAAAAGACUUUGCGUUCGACAAAAUAUGACAAUGUUUGGGCUUUGGGAGAUGCCAGCUCUCUGCCUACUUCCAAGACGGCCGCUGGUAUCAUGUCUCAGACACCGGUUCUGGCUCACAACUUUUUCAAGGCCAGACAGGGUCACCAACUUGAUGCGGCCUACGAUGGCUACACGAGCUGCCCGCUAUUAACGGGCAGAGGCGAACUCCUGCUUGCCGAAUUCAAAUACGGUGGCGAACUUGCCGAGACAUUCUCGCCUUAUGGCCUCUCACAGGACGCUCCGACGCGAUGGGCUUAUCAUUUGAAGAAGGAUGUCCUUCCAGCCAUCUACUUUGGGCCGUUUGCGCGCGGACAGUGGUAUGGACGCAAUGCAUUUUCGAAGCCUCGAUUCUGAUCAGUGCUGCUUCGUAGACAUGAUUCCUUGCAGCAUUUUGGCAUGCACAACUCAUAUAAAAACGAGGAGAUUGGAUAAAGAACAAGGCUGUAUGGGUUGAGAUCGACUAUUCAAUGUGCCAAUCGAUUGACAGCUCAUAUCAUGCAAGGAGACCAAAAUAGGCCCUGCUGCGAGACAUGGCAGUCGCACAGUAUCCAUGAUCAUCCAGGUAAUCACAGGUCGUAGAAUAGGCUGAUUAGUACAAGUGUAUUAAUGGCUUCUGAGUUGCAGGUGCGUGCGCGACGGUCGCCAUGCCGCUGGUGGUCCACCUGAUGC